AUGCAAAUUCCUAAGUCAUUCUUCGUCGCCGUGGGAGGCUCGUUUGUCCUUAUCCAGCUCUUGUUUCUUGCAGAUAUGAGCUACCUAUACGGCUCUGCCUUCAAAGACUCGGAGCGGAUGAAGGCUUUCAAAAUUCUUCUCGUCGACUACGACAACGGUAUCGUUGGACAAUCAGUCAAAGCUGCCUAUGCCCAGCUAGCAAGCCCUGGAUUUCCAACUCUUAUUGAGCAUUCAUCGACCGAUUAUCCGGCUGCAAACGAUAUCCGUGAAUCCGUCUGCAAGGGCCACUAUUGGGGAGCAAUUUACGCCAAUCCCAACACCUCUUCAAGAUUGUCCACCGCACUCGCCUCUCCUGAAGCUGCAAAAACAUACCAAAGCUCUGAGGCACUGACCUAUGUUUGGAAUGGUGCGAGGUAUCCCUCCUACGCCCAAGUGAUCUCUUCGAGUCUCCAGAUCCUAGUUCAGGGAACGAGGGGUGCCUACAAUGCUAUUAAUGGAACAUCGGCGAUGUCAACAGCAAACACGACGGAUUCAAAUAUCGCCAACGUCUUGUUCGACCCCAUUGCCGCCACAUCAAUCGAUAUCAUGCCGACAAACCAGGGUGUUCGCUUUUACUACAAUACUGUCUCGAUGGUGAUGGUUAUCCUACCACAAUUCUUCUUCGUCAUGGCCCUGAACGGUAUCACGGCUGAAUCCAACAUCCUCAAGACGUUGUCCCUGAUACAGAACAUCACGCUUCGACUAGGCCUCUCCGUUCUAUACACGUUCAUCACAUCACUCUGCAUGAGCGGCUAUAUCUGGGCCUUCCGAGAAGAUUGGGGGGUCACUUCCAGUCAAUUUCCAUUGAUGUGGAUGAUCCUCUGGCUCGGCAUGCACAUCAACUUUUUUUAUCGUUGA